AUGCUUCGACAACGUGCGGCUCAUGGCUUUUGGUCUCGGCCCCUCUAUGCUCGCCGCUCAUCGGCCUCAGCUCUAACAGCACAUCAUGGAGCUGCGUUUGCUCUGCCUCUUACUACGUCUGCUCAUCUUCAGGCCGCCGUGAAGCGAUCCGUGAAGCGAUCGAGAACGACUGUCAAGCUUUCCGACUUGCCUCAAGGAAAAGUUGCGGUGUCUCCUCUCUCACCUGAGGAGCAACAUGAGCCGGCUUACCCAACCGUCGUGCUCCAAGCGCGCCGUAACAUGGACAAAUUUGAGACGUGCGUUCUCCUUACAAGAGUGGGAAGUUUCUAUGAGCUCUAUUUCGAAAAUGCUGAGGAGUACGCGGCGCUACUCAACCUUAAGUUGACCUCUAAAAAAACAAAUGCCGGGCCCGUGCCUAUGGUAUAUUCCAACCUUUGCUUUCCCCAACGGAUUCUGAAAAUCUUGGUUCAAGAUUUGAAUCGGCACGUCGCCGUGGCCGAAGAGUUUCCCAACGAUGCCUCUGAGAAAAUCAAGUCGGGUGGUCUCAUGCACGAUCGUCGAGUUACUCGAAUUAUCACUCCGGGAACUCUCAUCGAUGAGAACUUUAUUGACCCAUACGCCAAUAAUUACAUCAUGGCAAUUCACGUUUCUCAAGGUGCUCUUGCUGAAAAUGCUCAGUCAGACGCUUCCUCGUCUCAUCAGGGUUCAGAUGCUACAGUCGCAAAUUCUACACCGUUAGGUCUAGCAUGGCUUGAUCUUUCCACUGGACAAUUCUUCACCCAAUCAGCAACGUUAUCAUCACUCCCGUCUAUCUUGUCCCGAAUAGCCCCUCGAGAAGUUGUUCUCGAACAGUCAUUCGAACUAAAAAAAGAUCACGAUGUCUUCUCAAUAUUGACAGAUGACCGGCAUCUCGUCACAUUUUCACCUCACGAGAGCCUAGCAAAUAUUGAUGACUGGGCACCAUAUUUAGAAUCAGAAAUCUCUCAAGCUGCUCGAACGUCCUUUACAGACGAUGAGGUCACUGCGGGUGGUCUGGUGCUGAGUUAUGUCAAGAAUCGGCUGCAGGGGAUGAGCAUGAAGCUUCAGCCACCCCUUCGAUACGAAAAUAUGCAGACCAUGUCCAUCGACAAGAAUAGCUUGAGGGCAUUAGAAAUCAAACAAACUAUUCGCGAUGGCUUUUUCCGUGGCAGUCUUCUCCAUGCGAUACGCCGCACAGUUACCAAGAGUGGCGCUAGGUUGCUCAACGAAUGGCUUGGCUCUCCUUCCACAUCUUUAGAGGUUAUCGAAGCUCGACAAGACCUUGUUGCUCGUUUUAUAAAAUCAAGUGAUUUAAGGGAUUCUUUGAUCGUUUUGUUACGGCGGAGCCAUGAUUGCCAACGACUUGUUCAAAAAUUUGCCAUGGGAAGAGGUGAACCCGAUGAUUUGCUCGGAAUAGCCCACACAAUUCGCGCAGCUGAAGAAAUCACGACUUUGCUGAAAGAAGAAUUGGGGCAAGAGAACACUUCAUCUUCACCAGACUGUCUCGCUAAGCUCGCGUCCCGAAUUGAGCUUGGAGACACUCUUAAGCUCGCGUAUCGGAUUCAAGAGUCUAUAGAUGAGGAAGGCAUUGCCCAGCAGCAGGUGGUAAGGGAUUCCGAAGCAGAGGAGAUAAUGGCUCUAGCCCAAAACAUUGUUUCCUCCGAAGGCUCCCAGGAUGAUGCUGCUGCCUUGGCCAAGGGAAAGCGGAAGAAGCCAAGCACCAUCAGAGAGCAAUACGGCGAAGAUAACGGCCCAUGGAUUAUGAAACCAGCUGCGAGCAAAGAGCUCCAGAAUCUUCACGAUGACCUCGCGUUGCUUUUAAAGGAUAAGGAUACUCUUGGAGAAGAACUUCGCAAACGCCUAGGAGCAGCAAGCUUGACCCUUAAAUGGGUAUCGUCUCUCGGCCAUAUUGCCCAUAUCAAGGGUAAAGACGCCAAAAACCUCACUGAGAUAAAGGCGGUUUCUUCGAGCCGCAGCACGAGAUCGUUGCAUAUUGCUGAAUGGACUGCCCUUGGCCAGCGUAUAGACCAAGCAAAGUUUCGAAUUCGCCGCGAGGAGCAGCGGGUGUUUUAUGCUCUUCGCGAACGUGUCGUUAAAAACUUGGUUAAGCUGCGGCGUGUUGCAGCUGUGCUGGACGAAAUCGACGUUGUAACGUCGUUUGCAAAACUCGCCAUUGAGCAGAACUUUGUCCGUCCCAAACUGAAUGAUUCGACGACUCACGUCAUCAUUGGUGGCCGGCAUCCUACAGUAGAAGGGAGUCUACUGGAGAAAGGUCGUCGAUUUGUUCGCAACGACUGUGUAAUCGGGCCACCACCAAACGGCCUGGUUUGGUUAAUCACAGGACCGAAUAUGGCUGGCAAGAGCACAUUUCUUCGCCAAAACGCUUUGAUUACGAUAAUGGCUCAGAUUGGAUGCUAUGUCCCUGCCAAACAUGCCGAAAUUGGCAUUGUUGAUGCAAUCUUCAGUCGCGUGGGUUCCGCUGACAACCUAUACCAUGACCAGAGCACCUUCAUGGUUGAGAUGCUCGAGACUGCCCAGAUUCUACGACAGGCCACGCCGCGGUCCUUUGUCAUAAUGGACGAAAUAGGUCGAGGAACCACACCGGAGGACGGCACGGCAAUAUCAUUUGCCUGUCUGCACCAUCUCGUGACGGUUAACCAAUGCAGAACUCUAUUUGCGACACAUUUUCAUGAUAUAACUGACUUGGCAGUUGCUGAAGGAUUCUGUCACCCGCAAACUGGCCUCGUCCAGACUUACUGCACAGAUAUAAAGGAGAAUGAAGAUGGAAGCUUCGUCUACGUGCACAAACUACGACCGGGAGUCAAUCGCCAGAGCCACGCUCUCAAAGUGGCACGCCUGGCAGGUCUACCGCAACACGCAAUUGACAUUGCCCGGAAUGCGUUGGAUGCCACAGAGGCAAAGUCUCACUGUGCUGCAUAA